AUGUACCCUGAAUUGGCACAAUCACACCAUAUCAUGACUUCGAAUAUUAAAUGUCUUGAUCAUCCUCUCUGCGUUUCUGUGAACUUUGCCGCCGAAGGAAAAAAGUGGUGUGCGUUAUUGUCCUGUAACAAGUUCAACGACCCCGACAAACUCAAAGAAAGCAAGAGUUCGUAUCACUAUUCGUCUCCAAAUGCAUCACUAUAAGUUUUCCAAAUGCUAGUACUUGCAAUAGAUGUAAGGAACUCGCAUUGAUUUAAGGGGGACAGAACGUCAAUAAUGUUGAUCAGUUACGGAUAAUGUUCUUCUUUUAACUUGUGACAGCAAAUUCAGAUGAGUGCAGAGCCAUUCUAUUCAACCCAGUCAUCAAAGACAAGUAUUUACUUAAUCAUAUAAUCAAAUCUGUGCCAGUUGAAAGUGAAGUAGGCUGUGAACUGAUUUGUUAUGGGUACCGUAACUGCGUGUCAGCACUCAUUUACAAGUCACCAGCGUGAAUUUCAUAACCAGAAAUGGCUUCAGCUACCGAGGAAUUGAGGUAAGCCUUACAACCUAAACACAACCAGAUGUUUUUUUUUUCGUUGAAACUUCACUUGACACCACUGACUGGUUGACCAGAGAAAUAUAAACAGAAAGAAAAGGUAGCUAUGUUCUGGCAGAUUACCUGAACUCUUUAAUUAGGCAAUUUUAAAUCAGUAGGACGCGGUGCGGCAUACAACAGACCUCGUUCAUGGCGAAAUUAAUUUCCUAAAUGUUGGAGACCAGGUGAAAUCUUUUUGAAGCUUAAUGCUUUUUCGAAAGAGUGACUCUGAUGACCUCUUUUCAAAAUUACAAUGAUGAUAAUAAGAAUGAUGAUGAUAGUAAUUCCUCAAGAAGCACACGUGCUCUUAGCAUACAAAAAAAGGAAAGGUACUGUGUCCUUUUUUUUUUCAUCACAGGAUCCUUGUGGAGGCAGCCCAUGUCAGAAAAAUUCUACUUGUCAAUCUGGGUUUACUUGAAAAGGAUACCGUUGUGUCUGUCCACAAGGAUUCGGGGGAGAGAAUUGUGACUAGAGCCUAUUCAUCAAGUAAUGCAAACAUUCCUGCCUUUUUAUGCUUCUUGGUAUUCUUGCUUUUUUGCUUAAGAAAAUUUCCGAAAUUCUCUAAAGUCAUUGACUGCAUUUUUAAAUGUUAGUUGUGUAUAACGAAAAACCUCCUUCUCACUUGUUAGGAAGUAUUUGUUUAUAUCCUAAUUAUCUUAGGUUUUCGAUGGCCAAUCCGUUUUGCGGCUUGGGGAAUCAUUAACUUAACAGCAUAUAUAUAUGUAUUUUAGCAUAUAUUUGCUCAAACCUACACAUUGCGAUUUAGAGAACAAGAGUUAUUAUGUUACGACUUGUUGUGAGGAAGUCAAACUAAAUAAAAGGAUCUCGAUAAGAGAUGAACUUUUUUCGUUUGUUCCACGAUAGAGUCACUUUUCAUGUAGAUCGCGGCGUUUCGACUGCAAUACGGUUCGUAUGCCUUGUUGUUGUAGGCAGUGGCGAAGAACCUCUGAUACACCCUUUAUGUAAGGGAGAACGGCGGUAGAUUUAAAUUCUUGCGCGGGUUCUUUGUUGGCUGUUACGCUUGUUGUCUUUGCGAGUUUUCGUACAAAUGAAGAAGGAUAAUCAUUAGAAACAAGUACUGAUGACAAGUACUUCUUUUCCUCAGAGAUACCUGACGGUUUCGUUGUGAGGUGUUUGGCUCGGUCCCAUAGACACUUAACAAAACCACGCUUUACUGACUGAGGGUGAUGUACAUCAUAGGUUAGGUACUGGUCAGUGUUGGUGGGCUUUCUGUAGAAAGUGGUAGUGAGAAGACCGUCUGUUUCCCUUGUAACUGUUGUGUCGAGAAAAGGAAUGGUGUUAUCUUUCUUGAUUUCCAUGGUAAAACGAAUAGUAGGCUGUUGACUGUUUAGAUGUUGUAAAAAAGCCAUCGACAUGGUCCCGGUCUAAGACUGUGAAGGUGUCAUCUACAUAUCGUUUCCAGAUCUUAGGUUUGCAAGUCGCAUUUGUUAUCGCCUGUUCCUCAAAUUCUUCCAUGUAAACACGUAAACAAUCGACCUCAUCGCCUGAUGAAGACUAGCAGUAUUGCAGUCGAAACGUCGCGGUCUACAUCAAAAGUGACUCUAUCGUGAGACAAACGAACAAGGUUCAUCUCCUAUCUUACACCACGAUGAACAAUAAGCGCAUAUUUUAUUACAAGGAUCUCAAUGGGCUUAACCGUUAGGCGUAAAACGGCCAAAAGAUUCAGCCGUUAGGCGUACAAAAUCGACAAAUUUAAAACGUUUGUUGUAAAAAAAAUCAACCCCAAAGUGUUUUCUGGUGACCACAAUGGAAAGAUAUCAGCCGUUAACCGUAAAUAGGCCAAAGCUCAAUCGUUAGUCGUAAAAGCCAUCAACACAUUGAGACUCUCGAGUAAGGGUCAUCAAUAUCUCUCUGACAAAAGGCUAACGCUCGAAACGUCAUCCCAUAAACUCUUUUACGGUAGCCAAUUUACGUUUUCAAUCCUGUUGAUAAUACUAAAUUAUCCUGUUAUACUCUCCCACCGACUCAGCACCACAGUUUCUUUAGAAACUUACCCCCUUUUUCCAAUUGAUUCAGAGGUGCCUGAUUUACUUAGCUAGGGAGCUCCGUGGACUUAGGUCUAUAAUCAUGCAGUCAAUUCAAAAAAACAAUUUCUAGAGUUUUCUAAGGGAACAAGCAAUUUUCACUAACCUGGACUAUUUCUGUCAUUUAUUUUUAUUUUAAGGUUGGACGAUGGUAUUCAAAUACAUUGGAGGAUAUUCUUCCUCUCCGACUGCUGACGCGUUAUGGAGUUUAUCCGAUACAUUAUCAGAAAAUGUUAUUGCUGUCUUAGAUACCACUUCAACCUACUAA